UAGCGGCUGCCGCCCGCGAUGGACCGCGCCAGGGACGAUCCGGACUCGCCGCCGCAGGUGUCCACCUUGCAGGGCUCCUGACCGUGCCCCUGGACAGCCACCCGUUCUCAGACACCAGUCUGGCCGGACCCCGCAAACCUGCUUCCGCAAUGGGUGGGUUGUGAGCGCUGGUAACGAGGAGCUGUGGGCCCAGCCAGCCUUGGAGAUGCCGAAAAGACGGGACAUCCUUGCGAUCGUCCUCAUCGUACUGCCCUGGACGCUGCUCGUCACCGUGUGGCACCAGAGUACCAUCGCGCCUCUGCUGGCCACACACAAAGAUGAUGGCAGGGACCCCCGGCGCGACGCGCCACCGGGCGCCGACCCCAGGGAGUCUUGCAUGUCUGACCGCGACAUCGUAGAGGUGGUGCGCACCGAGUAUGUGUACACGCGGCCCCCGCCGUGGUCUGACACGCUGCCCACCAUCCACGUGGUGACGCCCACCUACAGCCGCCCGGUGCAGAAGGCCGAGCUGACGCGCAUGGCGAACACGCUGCUGCACGUGCCCAACCUGCACUGGCUGGUGGUGGAAGACGCGCCGCGCCGCACGCCGCUGACCGCGCGCCUGCUGCGCGACACCGGCCUCAACUACACGCACCUGCACGUGGAGACGCCCCGCAACUACAAGCUGCGCGGCGACGCCCGCGACCCGCGCAUCCCGCGCGGCACCAUGCAGCGCAACCUGGCCCUGCGCUGGCUGCGUGAGACCUUUCCCCGCAACUCCAGCCAGCCCGGCGUGGUGUACUUCGCGGACGACGACAACACCUACAGUCUGGAGCUCUUUGAGGAGAUGCGCAGCACCAGGAGGGUGUCCGUGUGGCCCGUCGCCUUCGUCGGCGGCCUUCGGUACGAGGCCCCACGGGUCAACGGGGCAGGGAAGGUGGUCGGCUGGAAGACAGUGUUCGACCCCCACCGGCCGUUUGCAAUAGACAUGGCUGGGUUUGCGGUCAACCUGCGGCUCAUUCUACAGCGAAGCCAGGCCUACUUCAAGCUGCGCGGUGUGAAGGGAGGCUACCAGGAAAGCAGUCUUCUCCGAGAACUUGUCACCCUCAAUGACCUAGAGCCCAAGGCAGCCAACUGCACCAAGAUCCUGGUCUGGCACACACGGACAGAGAAGCCAGUGCUGGUGAACGAGGGGAAAAAAGGCUUCACUGACCCCACUGUGGAGAUCUGAGCCCCAAUACAGGAGCCUCCUUCCCAGACCCUGUAGCCUUCCAUUCUCUCCCCAUGGCUGAUGGUCCCUCCAAGGCAAACUCCUAAGGAAUCGCCAUCACCCUCCUUUCUAUUCUGGAGGCUUCAGAGAGAGCCCAGCCUGAUGCCAGGACAAAGGACGGAAAACCUAAAGCACAGAGAUCCCAGACCUGUUGUUCUCUUCCAUCCAAGCCA